AGUUGAGGCUUAUAUCCUAACAGAAGUAUAUUCCUACAUUUUGUAAAAGGGACCAGUGCAAUUUGCAAAUCCAAAUUAGGGACAGGUUUUUUGUUAACGUUAGUGGAGGACAAGCUGCUAACUUAGAGUAAUUGAUCAGUGGAGAGAUGGAAGGCUUGGGGAAAUUCAUUUGUCAGGAUUGUAACAUGGCAUUCCAUUCUACUGGACUCCUGGAUAAGCACAAGGCCAAAUUCUGCAUUGGUAUAGACUUAAAAGACCCAGUAACUCUACGGAAAGGAUGGUUGGGUCCGCAAAAAGCAGCUGUGAGAACAGUGCAUCCAACAAGAGCAAGGACACCUGACUAUUUUGUUCUGAAAGAACAGGGUCACCAAAUGGUUCCGAGAAAAAGCGAACAGGACAAACCACAUAACACCUUAUCGGAUAAUACUACUCUAACCAAGCUCACUGAAGAGUUUCAGAAUCUCAGGAUGUCUAUUGAAAACAGCCUGCCAAGAAGACAGACAGUGGUCUCUGAGGAGCAGGGCUCACUCCAGCAGAGGACUGAUGAGCAGAGGGGUCUUGAAUUGUUAAAGCAUCAUGAGCAGAAGCUGACUGACAUCAGGGCACACAACCACCAGCUAGAGAAGCAGAGAGAGGAGAUCAAGCAGCAGCUUGCAGAAUUGGCAGGGCGGGACAGGACAGUUCAUCUAGAGGAAGUGCUGCAGGAGCUGAGAUAUCAUGAACAGAGGAAUGAGGAUGUGCUGCAUCAGCUCAGCACUCACAUAAACUCAAUUAAAGAGUUUAAUCCAAAUGAGGUCCCCUCUAACCCACCAGAAGACAAGAAGACACAGCAUCUCACCUUUGACAAGAUCUCCUCUGUGAAUGGCCCACUCUCUGCCCAGAUAAGAUCUUUGCAUCUGGCAUAUAUGGAGUCUGGUGGUUCUGAUCCUGAGGUGCUGGCCCAUAUGCAUGACCUUCAAGCAGAAGCUCUUACACUGGAGCAGGCAAAACCUAGAGCUGACCACAAGACAAAAGAAAGAAGGAUGAAAUCUCCUAUAAGGGUGCAAGACCCUGAGAUUCUUGCUGUGGAGCAGGAAAACCAGAGGCUUGAGGAGGAAAUCUUCAGAAUCCAGUUGGCCAGAAAGAGACACAUAGGGGAAAAUGGUCUACAUGAUAUCCAGAAGGACCACAUCCAUCACAUGGCAAGCCUCCAGGCUGAGAUUGCCUUUUUAAGGAGAGAAAUAGAGAAGGGGAGAGAAAGAAGGCCUCCGUCUCCUCUACCUAUUUUUCCUGGACCCUCUCUGGCCCUAAUACACCCUGCUCUUGCACUGGAUCAAAUUUCAAAGCAGGGGUUGGGUUGCCAUGUAAUUGACCCCAUGGAAACCCUUGGUCCAGCACCUUAUGAUUCUGUGGCUGGUUUUGUGAUCUUCUAUGACCUAGUGAUGGGUAUAGAAUCUACAUUGAGAUCAGUGCGUUUGAUGGCAGGGUUAUAUUGCAAUGGGCAGAAGUUGGGACAGACCACCUAUAUGCCACCUGUGCAAUGCCGAGCUGCACAGGCACUACACUGCCCAUCAACCUUGACUCCUGAAAACUAUGCCAUACUGGCAGUUAAACAGCCUGUGCCAAGAAUACAGCCACCUCCAUAUCUGUCUUUGGUUGUGGAGAUUCAGGCUUCUGGUUGUCUGGAUGCGUACAACCAUGAAUUUGAGGGAUUGGUGUCUUGUGGCUGGGCAAAGCUUGAACUCUUUGAUCAGCACAACCAGGUACAAAGGGGCCAUUGGAGGGUUCCAUUCCGCUCUCUCCCAGUUCGAGCAUCCUUGAGUCCAUCUCAGGUGAAUUCUGUGCCUCAGCUGGGUAACAUGGAACUUUGUCUUCGGUUAGUAAAUUCCCAUGAUGGUGACGUACAGACCCUUGCAAAGAUUGAUCCCAACCAUAUCAGCCAAUACAAGUACCCACCCGUGGUGGCCUCAAACACACCAACAACUGUGGGAACCCACUAACCGUUUUAUACAACAUUACAACCCUCAUCCAAACCAUUACCUUCAUUACUGCUACAGACAGAUCACGUGGACCCUACCAGGCAGGAAUCAAAUUAGACAAUGAUAGAUGAACCUCUAAUUCUGCAAACUCACUUAAAUUGUAAUUCAAGUAAUUUUUGACAAACUUUUAUUUUUAUUACCACUUUGAUAACAUUAUCACACCUCUUUGUUGAGUUUCAUGAUGAAUUACUUUAAAAUAAUGAAAUAUAAUCACUGUUCCUUUGUACACGUUUCUAUUUUUCGGUUACCCACUGAUUAAUGCACUUUUCAUUUGUGAAAGCACUUUAAUGCUUUAAAUUGGUAUACUAAACCUUUAGCAACUACUACCUCAACUAGUCUCACAAAUUUAGCUGUCAGAUAAUUUGGCCACAUGUAGGGCUGGGUUUUGUACAGCUUCUAUUAUGAUUAAUAAGCUCUCAAUUUGACUGUACAUCCAUUUUGCUUACAUAAAUUCUCUCUCAGCUAAUGGCUUGGGGAGUAACGGAAUACAUGUAACAGGAUUACAUAUUUAAAAUACUAGUAACUGUUUUCCACUACAUAUACAAUUUAAAUCUUUGGUAAUCAGAAUACAGUUACAUUCCAAAAAUAUUUUGAUUACUGAAAUGUAUACUUGGCAUUUUAUUGUAAUUUGUUCCAUUUCAUAUUUAGUUCAUUAGGAUAUAUAGAAAUUGUGAUCCAAAGAGUGUUUGAACAGCUGUGAAACACUUUAAGAUGUGUUACAUUCAUACAUGCAGAUAAUCAAGCUUGGAGCAGCAGAAAUGGAAAUAAACCUUGUAUAAAUAGUCAUGUGAACAUUUAGCUUUAUGCUAAAUUUAAAUGCUAUUUCUAGCCAUUUUACAUGCACGAUUAUAUUUUAUCAAGAAUAUAAUGAAUUAUUUUCCUC